AUGGCUGACAACGACGUCAUCGAUGUCGAAGAAGACAAAAAUGUGAACGACAAGCACAAAUGGGGAGCCGCUGAACUGGAGAAGGUUUUCUAUUUGUUUUGUUUUGAAAAUAAUUUUUUCUUGAAGGUCGGCGACGUUCAAGAUGAACAUGAUGAUUUGAACGUGUCCACUGAUGCUUUGGGAAAACUUAUUGGCGGCGUCCCUCCAGAACCAACGAAAAAAAAGGUUGAAAAAAAUCUUUUUUGUAAGUUCAAAGGAAUUUUCGUAGAUUAACAUCAAGAAGGAAGAUUUGCAAAUGAUUAUGAAUGAGCUGGAACUUUCUGAAGUGAGAUUUUCGAAUCAAUUUUUCCUAAAAAAAGGAGAAAAAUUGCAGACGACAGUCAGACAAAAGCUGAUCGAAACGAAUGGAGAUCCGGUGGCCGCUCUUCGUUCUUUCCUAAAUUUUUGAGAAAACGGUGUUUGUUUUUCUUUUUGAUAGUUCAGUUCCAAUGAAAAACAUUUUUAAUUUGGUCGAAAAUGGGCAAAGGCUUAUAUCUUUAAACCUUCGAAAAAAACUAUUUUUUCCGGUUUCUUAUGAUAUCAUUAUUGAGAGUUUUUGACACUAAAGUUCGAAAAAUAGCGUUUUGUGCACAUUUUCAACCAGCUUUUUCCCAGGACCUUAUGGAGCUUGGCAUAUAACUCUUUUAUAACACUACCUUGCAAAAAUUUUGGGUCAGACCUGCGAUACUCACUUCAGAAUUUUUCUUCCUGAGUUUUUUCCUAGAAAAAUUUUGUUAGGUACAAUCAGGCUACACGGUCUGGCCCGGGCAUUGAGAUCUAUGUAAAAAUGGAUCAAAACGUGGUUUUUUUUCCUCACUGAAAAAGUCGGAAGUGCGGAAAACGGGUGCAAAAAGGGAGUGACUGCAAAAUGACCGCUAAAGGGGUCCCUUUUUACGGCCUUCAUUGAGCCUUUCAUUUUUGGUGGGUUCAAAAGGGUCAUAAAAAGGCGAAAAAAGAGAGAGGCCGCAAAAAGGGUGAAGAAAGAGUGAGGAUGCAAAAGGUUCCCGAAAUUCUCUGCUAUUGAUGAUUUUCGAUUUUAUUACUGUAGCUUAUGUUGGUUCAUACACAGUCACUUGUAAAGAUUACUCAUAAAUUAAAAAAAAAUUGUAUUUCUCAAAAGGGUCUAAAAAGGCUGGAUAAAGGCCGAUGAAAGGACGCAAAAAGGCAGUAAAAAGGAAACCUUUGCCACCCGUUUAGGAACAAUUAAUGGGAACAGACGGAUCCGUAACGGACUCUCAAAGGGCCCGUGAAGGGUCCUUCCGACUUUGCCUAUGUAUUUCUCAAAAGGGUCCAAAAAGGCUGGAUAAAGGCCGAUGAAAGGACGCAAAAAGGCUGUAAAAAGAAAACCUUUGCCCCCCGUUUAGGAACAAUUAAUGGAAACAGACGGAUAUGUAACGGACGCUCAAAAGCCCCGUGAAGGGUUCUUCCGACUUUGCCUAUGCUAUAAAUUCUGAUAUUUGACUCGAUUUUUCGGGCCUGUCGUUUCGGCUUGAGGCCCUGCCUCAGCGGGGCCAGAACGGGCUUAGUAAAUGACCGGCGGGCGAUAGGCUGACUGGCCGGCCCCUCACAAGCUUAGGUAGAAUAAAAGGCUUCUUUUUUACCUCGCUCAUCGGUCAAAAUGUGUUAGGGCAAGCGGAAAAUUUUUGCGGUGGUGAUUGUCGUUUUUGUCCGUGUUUGCCGACAUGUAUCGGUUGCUGGCUGUGCGCCUCUCCGGAGUGAGUGUGAGAGGCUCUUCAGCGGAGUGAUUAUCUAUUUCGCCCCCCUUGGACACGCCAGUUUUCGUGCUCAUCUACCGUUUUCUCCUUGUUUUCUGUUCCGUUCUCAAGUCUCGACAACAACAACUCAGCGCCGAGAUGAAUAUGCUCGGCAGCGUGUUUUCAAGCGUCAAGCCGCGGUUUUUGGGAGAUUUUCGGAGGGAAAUACUUUGGAGUUCAGGCUUGACGACUUGGGAACCGAUCGCUUGAAUUAUUACUAUUCGACGUUGAUUAUCAUGAGCAUGUCGUUGACCAUCACGGCCAGACAGUACGUCGGCUCUCCACUGCAGUGUUGGGUCCCUGCACAGGUAGUUUCUCAGGGUCCUAGAAAGUUGCAUCAUCCUAAUAUUGUGGGGUUGGUGUUCAGAAAAGCUGAGAACUAAUUCUUAUCAACAAAAAAAGUUAGUUUGUACUAUUUUCCAAUAAGCUCCAGUUUUUCAAGACCUACUGAAGUGUUUGAAGACGCAGGCGUCUUACAUCAGCUAAAAAAAUUUUUGAAACCGACUUUCUAGGUCUAAUUAGUUGAAGGACCGUGUUUUUUUUUUCAAAGUUUUCGAGGUCAGUUUUUCCUCAUUCGUCUUUUUUUUUCUUCUAAUAAAAGAAAAUUUGAAGUUUGAAUUGUAGUAGGUCUUCAAACUUCGACACAAAAGACCGUUCUUUUUUUUCAAGUUUUAAUUCGCAGAAACGUAUGAACUCUAGGCACUCGAUAUGAAUUUCCUAAUUUUUUCCCUCUCGAAUUGUAAUUUUUUUUCAAAAAAUAAAUCUGUUUUUGCCUGGUUUUCUGGAUAGUUUUGAUAAUUGAACCUUUUUUUUGUAGUGAAAAGGACUUAUGGCAAUUUUCUGGAAUUGUCAUGGCUGUUAUUUGUAACACGCUGGUGAAACUUCAGUUCACGGAAAAAAAACCGAGCUUUAGAGAGUUUCAGCAAAAUUAAGCACCAUACGAGAAAGUUGUGAGCAAAAAAAUUUUUCCGUCUUUUUUUGACGAAAAUUUUUAAAAGAAAAAAAUAAUAACUAUUAUUUUUUUCCAAAACUGGACUACUCUACUUUUUUUAUACUCCAUCGGGUUCAGUUCAGUUCACCCGCGCUUGGGAACAAUACGCUGAAAAUUACUGUUUUGUGUAUAAUACCUACUGGGUGCGACCGAACGACGAUGUCCCACUGACGAUUGAGGAAAGGUACAGGGAAUAUCCAAAAAAGGAAGAAAAGCCAAAAUUCAGGAUAUCCCAACAAUUGAUUUACUAUCAAUGGGCGCCGUUCAUCAUGGCGAUAGAAGCCGCAUUUUUCUAUCUUCCCGUCCUUUUCUGGAGCCAAUUGAGCAGCAAAUCCGGGAUCAAUAUCAUCAAACUUGUCGAGACUGCACAGAAAGCUGAAGCCGCCGCCGUGAGUCAAAAUAUUGAAUGCUUUUUUCAAUAGCCAAAUAAAAUCAGAAUUUAAAAAAAAAUUAUUUUUGUCUCGAAAUCACUAUAUACUAAAGUCUCCAAAAUAUUGUGACCUUCUUCUUUUUCGAAGUACUUUUUCUGGGUAAAUAUUUUUUCUCAAACCUAAUUCAAUCAUUGUGCCAGCUUUAUAACAAAGUCGGAGCAAAAAAAUUACAAAAUCAUAUGUAACUAAAGUUCAUUUUUUUUAUGUGGUUCAUGAAAUUCUUUUUUUCCAAGUAUGUAUCAAAUAUUUUUUUGCUCUGUUUCAGAAUAUGUUGGCAAGGUGAAAAUUGGCAGAGUAUGUCAAGAAAAAAAAUCAAUUGGUUUUUUUUUCUGAGGACUUUCGAAAAUAUUUUUUUAACGCAGAGAUGAGUGUGAGUCGCAAAACUUCUAAGUCUGAUUUGAAAAAAAUUGUUUUUUUCUUGGCUCAGUUGUUAUUUUAUAAACUAUUUUUUUGUAAAAUUUACUUUUUUUCUGAUAUGGAUUGAAAGGAGAACGUUUGCUUUUUUACAUUUUUGUGAUAAAGCUUAAAACAAGAUUGUGAGUUGAUUCAUGAACUUUGUUUCAUUUUUUUUUCCGUUUCCUGGUCGUGAAUCUCUGAGCCUCAUAUUAUAGCUCAGAAAUUCAUCUUGUGUUUUCAUAGGCCGACGACCGAAAGAAACAUGUGGACGUGAUUAUUCGGCACAUCACGAACAACUUGCGGAAACGCGUCGAUGAAGACACGCGGCUGGCGAAAGUUCAGAAGAUUUUCGGCUAUCAGCACGGAAAAUAUAUCACGAAGUGAGUGUUUUUUGUGUCCCUGGUCGCACUUGGAAUGGCUUGAACCGGCUUGAAACGACUUGCGCGCGACUUAAUUUUGAACUAGGGCCUGUAGAACAUCCUGCAAACUUGUUCGAAUCGUGUCGAAAUCUGUUUUUACUGCUAGCCUUUGUCUUGAAUAGCUUCUUGCUAAAAGAUCUCUACGAGGUAUCUGAAACGCAACGCGGCCGCGACGCUUCCAGCCAUUCCAAAGGUGAUCAAGCUGUUUCUAAACAAGGAAUCAAAAAAUCACUAUUUCCAGCGUCUACCUGGUCACAAAAGUCUUGUACAUGACCAACUCUUUCCUGCAGUUUUACUCGACCAACAAAUUCCUGGGCCAGAAUGAUCCCUACUGGGGCGCCCGGAUUCUCUCCGAUAUUCUGUCCGGAACCGAUUGGGAGCUUUCUGGAAACUUUCCACGUAUCGCCAUGUGUGAUUUCCAGGUAAGGCUUUGAAAAUGGGGGGUUUUCAAAAAUCAGAGAGAAGAUUUUUCAAGAAAAACUGUGAUACUACUGGCAUGAUCUGUGUGAGUAAUAGUAUACACCUUUUAGGGAAAAUAAGUUGUAGUUCAGGGAUUUAACUCUCUUUUUCGGGUCAUCAAAAUCUUCUUCAUGUAAGCUGGUGUGUCUGUUUUUUAAGUAAGGCUUUGAGAAUAAUUACAGGCGAAGAAAAAAUACUUGACUUGGUAGAUACUCUGGUAGAAUACUCAGGCAACGAACAAGUUCAAAAAAAAAGUUCGCCCGCAUUUAGAAUGGCUUUGCUGUCGCUUAGCGGUCAGUUUCAAACGAGGUUGUCGGGAAUAUGUUGCAUAGGCGACAAGUCGCUCAGAGUCGGGUGCAGCUGUAGGCUAAUUUCAAAAAUCAACGCUAGGUUUUUGUUCUAAAAAAGCGUUGACCCAUUCCGAGACGUUUCAUUUUGUGAGAAUAGUUAUACUUUUUGGUCCUUUUUUCAAGAGAAAAAGUUGAACUUUCCGUUCAAGAAUUCUGACUCACGCCAAGUUUUCCCACUGUUUGACUUGAACUCAAACGGAAGCCCUCUGUUAAUUCCAACAUUCAAUAAUUGUGUUCGACACGAUUAAUCGCCUUAAAUUUUUGUGACGUUGCGACCAUUUGUCUCGAUUUCAUUCAGGGAAGAGGGUAAUAUUUAGAAAAAAAGUGUGGAUGGAAUGAUAAACUUUUUCCAGACCUGAAUUUAUUCAAAAAAAGCAAUUUGAAAACGAAAAAAAAAAGAUAAGUGUCAAAUUCGAUCCGAAGAAAAAAAGUUUGGAAACGACUGAAAAAAAUCUAACCUGGUAAGAUAGAUACAUAACUUACAGAAAUUCCUAGUUCUUUUUUAAAGCUCAAAUUUUUAAAGUUUGGUGGUUUUUUUUUAAUGAGCUGCACUUUCAAAUUAUCCAUUUUUUCUUAUAUAAGAAGCAAUAAAUGGUCGCAUUUGGAAUGGCUUGAUGAACGCAGAAAUUUCAUUGGUUUUUGGCUGUUUGCGCGUCACAAAAAUCGUCGUAACUUGGCUCAAACACAAUAUAUGUUUUUCCAAACUAGAAUGAUUGCAUUUUUUGACAAUGUGCUCUAUCUGAUGGUAUAGAAAUCAAUGAGAAGUUCCUAGUUUCUAGAAAUGGUUGUGACCCCUUUUUUAAGGCGCUCAAAGUAUCUGAGCAAGCCAAUUUAUGUUUCAAGUCGAAAAAACACGAUUCCGCAACGCGACCGCGUUGUUUUGAGCCAUUCUGCGUGCGAUUACAAGCUUCCGACUUGAAGUUUAAAAACGAAAAAGAGAAAAAAACGUUUUUUCCAGGUUCGCGUACUGGGAAACCUUCAAAGGUACUCCAUCCAAUGCGUUCUCACCCUGAACAUGUUCAACGAGAAGAUCUUCCUCUUCCUCUAUUGGUGGUUUUCCUUGGUUUUCGUCGUCACCCUGGCCGACACCAUAGGCCUGAUGGUCAAUAUGCGCUCCAAAAAUGGCCUAGUCACCUUCGUCCGACAGUGAGAUCUUCUACCUCGAAAUAACCUUCAAUGGAAGUUUAGGUUCCUAGAAAACCAGGACGAGAACGAGGAGAAGAGCUUCAAGAACGAGCAGUUCGGCGCCCUUCUCGAGGAGUUUUGUCUUCACAAAAUCACUCCUGAUAUUAUCAUGGUUAGAUUCUCGACUUUUAUGGAAAGAAAAACUCAAAAAACCUCUGACCUUAUUUUUCUUGGUUUUUUUUUUUCAAAUACAGAGUUUUUACUUUUUUCUAUGCUCAAUUUUCAUAGUAUUGCUUUUUUUGGCAGCCAAUGAUACUUUUCGAAAUUUUGCCCGUAGAGCGCGAAUAAACUUGAAAAAUGAGCUCGCAACAUUUCCGAAAAUUUUUCCAAUUUUGGAUUUGUAUAUUUUCGCAAUACCGCUUUUUUUCGAGAAUUUUUCGGGUUCAACCAGGCAAGGGCCUGCCCGCCAGCCUAUUUUUCUCCCUCCACGUGGUUUUCUAAUCAACCGGGUCGGCCCGGUCUGCCCCGGGCUGCUCAGCCUGACACACAAGCCUGGACUCAACAUAACUUCCAGCUUCAUAAUCCGUUUUCAGCUUCUGAAGAUGAUCAACGGUCACACUGGUGAAAUCGUCUGCUGUGAUAUUGUUGGCCGGUUGUGGAGAGAGUUUUUGUGAGUUUUAUUUAAUUUGAAGCAUUAAAAAAUGAUUUUACAUUUUCUUUUUUUAAUUUAAUUAAAAUUUUUUUGGCAUAUUAGGUCAAAAAUGAUGUAAAAAGUGUGCUUUUCAAAAGCUUGUUGACUAGAAAAAUCAACUUUCAGAGAAAAAGAAGGAAAAACUUUGAUGAACGAAUCAGAGUCGACCGAAAACUUUCCGAAGAUCAUCAGCACAAAUGAGAAAACAGUGGCAACUUUGGUAGAAACUCAACCUUUAGUUUAA